CCUCUAUCUCUUUCCCCUCUACUUUUUAUAAAUAACCCAAAACUCUCAACCAAUUUUUCUUCAUCUUCCUCCUAAAAUUGAAUAAAAUCAAAAUCUCUCAAUAAUAAUUUUUCUUCAUUUUUAUUCAUUAUAUUCUCAUUACUUUGUUUCCAAGUAACAAACAUUAUGACAAAACUUGGAAAAUUUCUCAAGAAAAUGCAAUCCAUAAAAAAAACAUCAUUUAAUCAUCAUAAUCAACAUCAAAGUUUAAGUAGGAGAAGUUCAUCAUCAUCAUCAUCAUCAAAUGUUAAUUCAAACUCAAACUUCUCUUAUGAUUCAUCAUCACCGGAAUCUUUCUCGGGUAAUAAUCUUUGUCCGGUGUACGUCGGAAAAUCUCGCCGGAGAUACAUGGUUAGCUCGGAAGUUAUUGAUCACCCGCUUUUUCGAGAACUCGUAGAGCGGUCGAUUGGCGGUGGUUAUGGCGGCGAUGAGGAGGUUUUUGUGGAAUGUGAGGUGGUGUUGUUUGAACAUAUGCUUUGGAUGCUUGAAAAUGCUGACCCUCAACCUGAGUCUUUGGAUGAGCUUGUGGAUUUCUAUGCAUGCUAAUUACUCCUAUCAGUAGCUCUUAUUUUGCACUACUUUUCAUUUUAAUUUAUUUGAUUGAUUUUGCACACGUUUCUUUUUAUGGGAAUGGUCCCCUAUCUUUCUUUUAGUUUCAUUCACAAAUUUAUACUCUUUCCAUCUUAACUAUUUCUUUCUAUCAUCCGAUCUACUUAUUUUUUUUGUCAUCUCAUUUUCCAACUCAAUUUUCCUUUUUAUUAAAUUUCAAGGUGCAAAAUAAGAGCCAAACAUAUGGAGUAUUAAGGAGAAAUUCAAGUGUAUUUAUUUUAGAUUUUAUUUUUUGAGGUAAAUUGUGUUUCUUUUUCUUUUUUUAUUUUUAAAUUACAUAUUUUAAAGCUUCUGUAAAUUUUUCUCAUCCUAUUAAAAUGACACAUUUUUAUGUGUAUAAAAAUGGGUGAAUGGUUAAAUUACAGGGUGAUUAUUCGAUUAAGUUGAUUUUAUAUUUUAAUUCGAAUUUUUCCUUAUAAUGAAAACCUUAUAUCUUGGCAUUGUAAUUCUCAACUUUGUAACAAUUGUAUUA